GGGCGGGGCAGGAAGGAGGCGGGACUCCGCUCGUGCCGCGCAGGCGCACCGCGCGCAGCCGUCAUGGCGCUGCCGAGCUCUCUGAACAGGUAUCUACUGCUCAUGGCACAGGAGCACUUGGAGUUCCGCCUGCCGGAAAUAAAGUCUUUGCUUUCACUUUUUGGAGGUCAGUUCACCAGCACACAGGAAACUUAUGGAAAGGUCUAUAUUUGAACUAUGGGGUCAUGGAAAGUCUCCUGAGGAGCUGUACCGUUCUCUCAAAAAGUUUCCCGUGGAGAAGAUGGUUCCAUUUCUACAUGCAGACUCCACGUAUAAAAUAAAGAUUCACACAUUUAAUAAAACAUUGACACAAGAAGAAAAAGUCAAACGAAUAGAUGCACUCGAAUUUCUGCCGUUUGAAGGAAAAGUGAAUUUAAAGGAGCCACAACAUAUAUUUUCUAUUUUGGAAGAUUAUGGUUUGGACCCAAACUGCAUCCCUGAGAAUCCACAUAAUAUUUAUUUUGGUAGAUGGAUUGCAGAUGGACAGAGAGAGCUUAUUGAGUCAUACAGUGUCAAAAAGAGACACUUCAUUGGGAAUACAAGCAUGGAUGCUGGCUUAUCAUUCAUCAUGGCUAACCAUGGAAAAGUGAAAGAAAAUGAUAUUGUCUUUGAUCCAUUUGUUGGAACAGGUGGCCUCCUGAUCGCAUCUGCUCAUUUUGGUGCAUAUGUAUGUGGAACAGACAUAGACUACAAUACAGUCCAUGGCUUGGGAAAAGCUAGUAGGAAAAACCAGAAAUGGAGAGGACCAGAUGAAAAUAUUAGGGCAAAUCUUCGUCAGUAUGGUUUAGAGAAGUAUUAUCUUGACGUCCUGGUUUCAGAUGCGUCUAAACCUUCUUGGAGGAAGGGCGCAUAUUUUGAUGCAAUCAUCACUGAUCCUCCAUAUGGUAUCAGAGAAUCUACAAGAAGAACGGGUUCACAGAAGGAAAUGCCAAAGGGGAUAGAAAAAUGUCCAGAGAGCCACGUUCCUGUUUCCUUGAAUUAUCAUCUGAGUGAUAUGUUUUUUGACCUGUUAAAUUUUGCAGCCGAGACCCUCGUAUUAGGUGGAAGACUAGUCUAUUGGUUACCAGUGUAUACACCAGAAUAUACUGAAGAGAUGGUGCCCUGGCACCCUUGCCUGGAACUCAUUAGCAACUGCGAGCAGAAGCUUUCUAGUCACACGUCAAGGCGCUUGAUCACAAUGGAGAAGGUGAAGAAAUUUGAGAAUCAGGACCAGUAUUCACAUCUGCUAAGUGAUCGUUUUCUACAAUACCAAGGUCAUAAUUCCUUCCGUGAAAAAUAUUUUAGUGGAGUAACAAAAAGAAUUGCCAAGGAAGAAAAAUCAACCCAGGAAUGAACAUUAAGAUUUUGACAGUGAAGAAAGAAUAAAGAUUUGAUAGAAAAGACGUCUGGAUGUGAUCUUCCAUGUAUGAUCCAGAAAAUAUGCCCUGCUUUAAAAUAUUUUAUAUAAAAAAAGUUACAAAGUAAAUUGAGCAGUUCUUUUAAAGUUUUCUUUGUUUUAUAAACUAUUUUGUUGUAUGUGUUAUAUAGUCUUUUGAACCUUAUUUAAUUUAUAUUUGUACUUUCAAGUAUUAAUGGAGAUGGACUCAAAACUGUUUGGUUUUUUUUACAAUUAAUCUAUAAAGGGAGUUAAUAUUGUUGACUUUUUAACCAUAUUUGCUGGAAUGUUAUAAGCAAUUAAUAGCUAUUAAGAACUUAUUCAUUAGGUAGACUUUUUAAUUUGGUUCUUGGUUAUAUUGAUUUACAUUGUCACUUAUAAACCUUAUAAAGACUUUCUAAAAUUG